GUGGUUUAUGAGUGAUCUAAUUGUAAAAGAUAAUGCCCUGAUGAACGCUAGUUAUAACUUGGCAUUGGUAGAACAACGUUUGAUUCUUUUAGCUAUCGUUGAAGCUAGAGAAUCAGGUAAAGGAAUUAAUUCAAAUGACCCUCUAACAGUUCAUGCCGAAAGCUAUAUAAAUCAAUUUCGAGUAGAAAGGCACACUGCAUAUCAAGCUCUCAAAGAUGCUUGUAAAGAUCUAUUUGCAAGGCAGUUUAGUUACCAACAACGAAGUGCUAAAGGGAAUAUUACAAAUAUGACAAGCCGUUGGGUUAGUCAAAUUGGAUAUACAGAAAAUGAAGCUACGGUACAGCUAGUUUUUGCUCCUGCUGUCGUCCCAUUAAUCACAAGACUUGAGGAACAAUUCACAAAAUAUGAUAUUGAGCAGAUCAGUAGCUUAUCGAGUGCUUAUGCUGUCCGGAUGUAUGAACUACUGAUUUGUUGGCGCAGCACAGGGAAAACGCCCAUUAUAGAACUAUCAGAGUUCAGAAAGCGUAUAGGUGUUUUAAAUACCGAAUACAAGCGAAUGGAUAUAUUUAAACGAGGUGUUUUAGAGUUAGCAAUUAAACAAAUUAACGAGCAUACAGACAUUACAGCGAGCUAUGAACAACAUAAAAAAGGGAAAGUAAUUACUGGGUUCUCGUUCAAGUUUAAGCAGAAGAAACAGAACAACGAUAAAACGCCAAAAAAAGGCGAUUCUAGCCCUCAUACUGAAAAACCUAGCCCAAUUCCUACAAACUUCGUAAAACAGCCUGAAAAUGCAAAUAUGAGCGAUUUAGAGCAUCGAGCAAGCAAGAUUACAGGGUUAAUCAUGUCAAAUGGGCUAACAGCUCGAUUUAAGCAAGGUGAUGAAUCAUCAAUAGACAUGAUGAAACGAAUUAAACAAGAAAUCACAACUGAUGAGAUCGCAGACCAAUGGCAAAGCAAACUUGAAGAAUUUGGCGUGGUUUUUGAUUAA